AUGCUCUUUCAGAAACCUGAAGAAGGAUCAAUCAAUCAUAGAGUUCAGAGAUUGGCAAAGUAUCGCUUUCUAAGGAAACAAUCCGAUCUUUUGCUGAAUGCUGAUGAUUUGGAUGCAAUGUGGGUGUGCUUAAGAGAGAACUGCAUCAUUGAUGAUGCUACCGGUGCAGAAAAGAUGAAUUAUGAAGACUUUUGCCACAUUGCCUGUGUAUGUACAGAACAAAUAGGUCCUAAAUGCCGGCGGUUUUUCAGUCCUUCAAACUUUAUGAAGUUUGAGAAAAAUGAGCAGGGAAGAAUUGCCAUUCUACCCUUUUACCUUUAUGUGAUGCGAACGGUUUCACUUACGCAGGCAAGAAUAGAUAUGAGUGAGCUUGAUGAGGAUUCUGAUGGUUUCCUUCAGCCACAUAGGUCAAGCUCAUCCAGUUGGCAGCUUUAUCCCCUACUUUGGCCCUUCAUUAAAGCUAGACUUUGAGUUGGAAAUGGGUAGCUUGUUGUGUACACAUUUCUUCUCUAGCCAUUUUACUCACUAAAAUGCAUAUGUAA